CUGCAGCUGUGAUCCUCGGCUGUCUGUUGGCAUUGAAAAGACCUGAUGUUUUACGUUAUUGGUGGAAUCACAGUGUCUGUGGUUGCAUUCUUCUUCACAAUUAAGUUCCUCUUUGAGCUUGCCGCACGUGUAGUCAGCUUCCUCCAGAAUGAGGACCGUGAGCGCCGAGGGGACCGGACCAUUUAUGACUACGUGCGGGGAAAUUACUUGGAUCCCCGGUCUUGCAAAGUCUCUUGGGAUUGGAAGGACCCCUAUGAGGUGGGCCACAGCAUGGCCUUCCGAGUGCAUUUAUUCUAUAAGAAUGGGCAGCCUUUCCCUGCACAUCGGCCUGUGGGACUGAGAGUUCACAUCUCCCAUGUUGAGCUUGCAGUGGAAAUUCCAGUGACCCAGGAAGUCCUUCAGGAACCCACUUCCAACGUGGUGAAGGUGGCCUUCACAGUGCGCAGGGCUGGGCGGUACGAAAUCACAGUGAAGCUUGGUGGAUUAAAUGUGGCCUAUAGUCCCUACUACAAAAUUUUUCAGCCAGGUAUGGUGGUUCCUUCCAAGACCAAAAUUGUGUGCCACUUUUCUACGCUUGUGUUGACCUGUGGGCAGCCACAUACUCUUCAGAUUGUACCCCGAGAUGAGUAUGACAACCCUACCAACAACUCCAUGUCCUUGCGAGAUGAGCACAAUUAUUGUUUGUCCAUUCAUGAGCUUGGUCCUCAAGAAGAAGAAAAUACUGGUGUCACAUUUGAGAAAUCAGUGACAUCCAACAGGCAGACUUGCCAAGUGUUCUUGCGACUCACUCUGCAUUCUCGUGGCUGCUUCCAUGCCUGUAUCUCCUAUCAAAAUCAACCAAUCAAUAAUGGCGAAUUUGACAUUAUUGUCCUGAGUGAGAAUGAAAAGAAUAUUGUUGAGCGCAAUGUGUCCACCUCAGGGGUGAGCAUUUACUUUGAGGCUUAUCUUUAUAAUGCCACCAACUGUACCAGCACACCAUGGCACCUUCCACCCAUGCAUAUGAGCUCUUCCCAGCGCCGGCCUUCCACUGCUGUUGAGGAGGAAGAUGAAGAUUCACCCUCAGAGUGCUACACCCCCGAGAAGGUGAAGAAGCCGAAGAAGGUGUACUGCUACGUGUCACCAAAGCAAUUUUCAGUGAAGGAGUUCUACCUGAAAAUCAUUCCUUGGCGCCUUUAUACCUUCCGAGUAUGUCCAGGAACAAAAUUUUCAUACCUUGGCCCUGACCCUGUCCAUAAGCUCCUCACACUAGUAGUAGAUGAUGGCAUCCAACCUCCUGUGGAGCUCAGCUGUAAGGAGAGGAAUAUUCUAGCAGCCACUUUUAUCCGCUCCCUUCAUAAGAACAUAGGAGGCUCUGAGACCUUUCAGGACAAGGUGAACUUUUUCCAGAGAGAGCUUCGACAGACACAUACGAAAAGACCACAUUCCAAAGUCACCCUGAAGGUCAGCAGACACACCUUGUUGGAAUCGUCUCUGAAAGCCACUCGGAAUUUCUCCAUCUCAGAUUGGAGCAAGAAUUUUGAAGUGGUUUUCCAAGAUGAAGAAGCUCUGGACUGGGGAGGGCCUCGCCGAGAAUGGUUUGAGCUGAUCUGCAAGGCACUAUUUGACACCACCAAUCAGCUGUUCACUCGAUUCAGUGACAACAACCAAGCAUUAGUACAUCCCAACCCCAAUCGUCCUGCUCAUCUGCGAUUGAAGAUGUAUGAGUUUGCAGGGCGACUGGUGGGCAAAUGCCUCUAUGAGUCCUCUCUAGGGGGAGCCUAUAAGCAGUUGGUCCGAGCUCGCUUCACCCGAUCUUUCCUGGCCCAAAUCAUAGGACUGCGUAUGCAUUACAAGUACUUUGAAACAGAUGACCCAGAAUUCUACAAAUCUAAAGUUUGUUUUAUCCUUAAUAAUGACAUGAGUGAGAUGGAGCUGGUCUUUGCCGAGGAGAAAUACAACAAAUCCGGUCAGUUGGAUAAGGUUGUAGAACUCAUGACUGGUGGAGCUCAAAUUCCAGUCACCAAUACAAAUAAAAUCUUCUAUUUAAACUUACUGGCCCAAUAUCGGCUGGCCAGUCAAGUGAAAGAGGAGGUAGAACAUUUUCUCAAAGGCCUGAAUGAGUUGGUCCCUGAAAACCUUUUGGCUAUUUUUGAUGAGAAUGAGCUUGAGCUGCUGAUGUGUGGGACUGGAGACAUCAGUGUGUCUGACUUCAAAGCCCAUGCCGUGGUGGUUGGUGGUUCAUGGCAUUUCAGAGAGAAGGUCAUGAGGUGGUUUUGGACCGUGGUUUCCAGUUUGACUCAGGAGGAGUUAGCUCGGCUGCUUCAGUUCACAACAGGUUCCUCUCAGCUACCACCUGGAGGCUUUGCUGCCCUCUGUCCCUCAUUCCAGAUUAUUGCUGCGCCAACCCACAGCACGCUACCCACUGCACACACGUGUUUUAACCAGCUGUGCCUCCCUACGUAUGACUCCUAUGAAGAGGUGCACAGGAUGCUGCAGCUGGCCAUCAGCGAGGGCUGUGAGGGCUUUGGCAUGCUGUGAGCGCUCUCCUGACAUCCAGUCAGCUCCUGUACUUACUGGAGUAUGUGAGUGCAUGUUUCAGACACCAUAACCUCCCACCCUAACACAUAGCCAUCAGCCAGAACAUGCUGCAUGGUCCCCUGUGUCUGGAGUGUUUUGUCAUCUUCGAGCCUUGUCCUCACCUCCCUCCCUUCCUGUCCAUAUCCACCACAGGCCACUUGGGUAUGGUACGUAAUCUGGGCUGUCUUGCUUAUUCCUGAGAAGAGGGCCAUGCUGCUGUAAUGUCACUUGGUUCUCUUAGGACCUCAGUUGCGGA